CUAUCGUUCUUCUUUCCCAACCAUAUAUUAUCCUUAGCAAAAGAAAAGCGUCAGAUAGAUUGGGCAUCACCAUCCCAUCACAUGCUCAAAAACCCGCUAAGCAUAGCACUCUAUUCACAUUGUAUGUGGCGCAUUGCGACUCAGUAAGCAAGAAGAUGGCGGCGAGUAGUACCUUCUGCUUGCUCCACUCUCCCCUCUACCAAUUCCCAUCUUCUUCUUCUUCUUCUUCUGGGCUCAGAAAGUUGCGAGCUUCCACAACUUCUUCGUGCUUGGGCCAGCAAGACAAAGACCCAGUCUGUAACAAAAGAACCAUUCUUUUGUCGAGCAUCGCUCUUCUUCCGUUUCGCCGUUUGAAGCGGGCCCCUGCUCUUGAAUCCCCACCUCCACCCCCAACCCCAACAGAAGAAACUGAGGUGAAGACGCAAGAGGAUAACCAGGAAGCCGAGAAAGCAUCUGAAGUGGACCAACCAUCAAAUUCCUUUCUGACUCUCCUGAAUGGAAUUGGAAUAUUUUCUUCUGGUGUGUUGGGUGCUCUCUAUACACUUGCUCAGAAAGAAAAGUCCACUGCUGUUGCAACAAUAGAAACAAUGAGCAGCAAACUAAAGGAUAAGGAAGAACUGAUUGUUUCCUUGAAGAAGAACUAUGAGUUGAAGUUACUGAACAAGCAGGAGGAACAAGCCAAGCUGGUUGAAAAGGCAAAGGAAGAGCAACUGGCAUUGAUAAACCAACUGAAUUCUGCAAACAGUACUAUUAAACGCUUGGGACAGGAGCUUAAAAGCGAGAGAAGUUUGAUUGAGGACCUGAAACUUCAAAUUGGCCAACUUAAAACUGAGCUUUCAAAGACUGAUACUGAUAAAAAGGAUCUUGAAAACAAUUUGAAAGAAAAGAUAGAUUCCAUUGGAGUUUUACAGGAAAGAAUCAAUCUGCUGAGUGUGGACCUCAAGGGCAAAGAAGAUGUUGUUCAAAAUCUUAAUUCAUUCCUUGCAGAAAUGGAGUUGCAAUUGAAGAGUUUGAAUUCUACCUAUGAGCAAACCAAGGAUGACUUAUCCAAUGUUCAAUUGCAGAUUCAAGGGCUGAAAGAUGAACUACUGAAAAGCCAAGAGGAACUAGAAGCAAAAGAUUCCUUGGUGAUAGAACUAAAUUCAAGAGUGAGUUCCUUAACUCUUGAGAACAAUGAUUUUAGGAGUAAAUGUGAUGUCAUCGAGAAGGAAUACAAUGUCCUAAAGCUCAGUGCUGAAAAGAAGGCUGCUUUGGACUCUAAGGUUUUAAGAGAAAAAGAUGAGGAGCUUCAUCAGCUAAAGGAUCAGUUCGAACUUGCCCUAGGUGAAGCAAGCAAAAACCAGACCGUCAUUGUUGAUUUAUCCCAAGAAAGAGAUGAUUUGAAGGAGGCUCUAGAGAAUGAAUCUAGCAAGGUGAAUCAUUUGAAGCAUGAACUCCAAGUCACCCAAGAGAAUCUUGCAAAAUCAAGAAAUGAGUUUGCUGAAUUGGAAAACUUUCUAACUGAGUCAACUAAACUGCGCAAAGAGCUUGAGCUCAAGGUCUCUAAGCUUUUGUCUGAGCUCACUGAAGUUAAAGAAUCACUACAGAGAAGCCUUGAAGAUGGAAAACAUGAGGCACAAAUGCUAGCAAGUGAGCUUACAACUGCCAAGGAACACUUGAAGGAAUCACAAGCAGAGCUGCAAGGUGUGUCAAAAGAACUAACAACUGCUCUUGAAAAGAAUGAUAGCCUACAAAAAGAAUUAAUUGAUGUCUACAAAAAGGCUGAAACCACAGCAGAGGAUUUGAAGGAACAAAAACAGUUAGUUGCUUCUUUGAACAAAGAUUUACAAGCAUUAGAGCAGCAAGUCUCAAAAGACAAGGAGUCCCGAAAACCUCUUGAGAGGGACCUGGAGGAGGCGACCAAAUCACUAGAAGAAAUGAACCGAAAUGCGGUGAUCCUUUCUGGUGAACUACAGAGAGCUAAUUUUCUUGUUUCUAGCCUUGAAAAAGAGAAAGAGGUGCUUACUAAGUCCCUAACCGACCAAAGGAAUGCAUGCAAAGAGGCCCAAGACAACAUUGAAGAUGCUCAUAACCUUAUCAUGAAACUUGGCAAAGAAAGAGAGAAUUUAGGGAAAAAAGGUAAGAAAUUUGAAGAGGAAUUGGCUUCUGCCAAGGGUGAGAUAUUGCGCUUGAAGAGUCGAAUCAAUUCUUCAGAAGUUGCUGUUAACAAUGACCAAGUGCAGAAAGAUGGAGGUGAAAACAAGGUCAAUUCUUCAAAAGUUGCUGUUAAUGAGCAACAGAAAGAUGAAGGUGAAAACAAGGUUACUGUAAGUGCACGUAAGACUGUCAGAAGAAGAAAGGCUAACCCACAAUAACAUAGAGAAAGUAGAGAGUUUUCUAUUAAAAAAAUUCCGAUCAGGAUCAUGAUAUUCUGUAAUGAACUAUUUGGAAGCCAGUUGAUGUCGAACUCUAUUCACUUUUGGCAUGCAAAUAUUUUCAUGUUGCAAUAGUAUUGUACAAAUGAAAUGGCAUUGUAGGAAUUGUUAAGCUAAGCUUUUUGGAUAGUUGAUUUCUGAAUUCUGAUAGUUUUCUAUUGAUAGUAAAACCUAUAAAAAGGUGAGAAUACGUGUACUAACCAUAGUCUGCAACAUUAAACAUUGGUGUAUAUACAGCUACUUUUCCUUGUC